AUGGUUCUUCUCCUACUCCUAUACACAUUUGUAGUACCCCUUUCCUUCAUUUUCUUCAUCGUUCACUGGAAGUUGAUUCGUUCACAAAAACGUUUCUAUGAUACAUUUCGUAGCCAAGGCGUACCGGGCGAACCGUUCGUAUCACUCGUCGGUCAACUGUCUGAAAUGCGUCGCGCAUCUGAAAAGGAUGCUGGAAUUGCCUAUCGAUUGGAACUCGUUCAAAAACACGGUUACCUCUAUCUCACAAGAUUUGGCCCAUAUAUACGUUUGUCCGUGAUGGAGCCAGAUAUGAUUUCCGAUAUUUUUGGUCGAUCGCAUGCUCAAGACUAUCGGAAGCCGACCAAUAUCGAUAAAGUUUUUAAAUCCUUGAUCGGUGUACAUAAUCUGUUAGUGAGCGAAGGAUCAGAACAUGAACGCGCUCGAAAAAUGCUUAAUUCAGCUUUUCACUUUGUCAAACUUCAAUCAAUGCUUUCUGUUAUGGUCGAAGAGACUGCCAAGGCUAUCAAUGAACUACUUUUAUCAUCAACUCAACAAAAAGUCAUAGAUUUACAGACAGAACUCAAUACUCUAACAUUGGCGAUUAUUGCAUCGAGUGCGUUUGGUAAAGGCUUCGAAACCAUGGCCAAUGCUAAACAAAUCGUGUGCCGAGCAUUCAUUGAAGUACUCGAGGCAAUAGAAUAUCGAACAAUGUGCAUGAUCCAACAGAUACCUAUCAUUGCACAACUACCAUUUUGA